AUGGCCACCACUACCACCAUCACUGAGCAACCCAGCGCUCCCAUCACGGCCGUCGACGAUGGUCGCAUGAAGAUGGAUGGCUCAGACCCGACUUUUGGUGACUGGAGAGAUGACCUCCUCCGCGAUGGCUAUGCCUUGAUCAAGGGUGCCAUCCCGAGAGAGCGUGCCGAUGGCUACGCUGACAAGAUGUACUCAGUCCUUGAGUCGUUUGGUCUUGGAUACGACCGCAACGACCCAUCUACCGUGCAUCCCGACAAGCUUCCCGUCAUCAACGAGAAGGGCAUGCUGAUGGCCUACGGCGCCUGCCACGAAGAUUUCGUCUGGAGCAUCCGCAGCGAGCCUGGAGUUGUCGGGCCCUUUGAGCAGGUCUACAACACCGAAGACUUGAUUGUCUCCUUCGACGUCAUCAACUAUGGCUUCGCCAACCGUGCCAACUUGCCGGAGAACAAGCCUUGGCCUCAUCAAGAUCAAGACCCCGAGAAGCCUGGCUUCCGCUGCCUCCAAGGCCUCGUCAACCUCCACCCUUGCGGUCCUAAUGACGGCGGUCUGAUUGUCUGCAAGGGUUCCCACAACCUCAGCGCCCAGUUCCACGAAGAUCUCAAGGACGAGCCUCGCAUUCCAGCCUGGACGAAGGAGUGGUACGGAUUCACCGACCGCGGUAUGCAGUGGCUCAAGGACCACGGCGGCGAAUGGAUCAAGGUCUGCGCUGACCCUGGUGACUUGAUUGUCUGGGACUCCCGAACCGCACACUACAACGUUCCUGUCAAGGGCGAAAUUGAUCGCAUGGCUGUCUAUACUUGCUUCAUGCCUGUGGCCGACGCCACUCAAGAGGACCUAUUGAGGAAGAAGGCCGCAUAUGAAGCCCGCCUAGGAACUACUCACUGGCCCAAUGCCAGACACACCGGCUCGAAUGCUGCAGUUCGCAACGGAAAGCCCGAUCACAUUGUGAGGGACAGGCCACUGAACGACGCGGUGUUGAACAGCAAGAUCACCGAAGAGAGAGUCGAAUCCGCCGACUUUGCCCAAAAGCCCCCGAUUGACGAUGGAAUCUACAAGCCCAAUGUCCAGUUGGCUGAUGGAGACGUCACAUAUCUCAUCCCGACUCCAAGUUCUGACCCACGAGACCCUCUCAACUUGAGCAAGCUGAGAAAAUGGAUUAUUACGAUGACCUGCGCUACCUUCGCCGCCGUUGGCUUGGUACAAGUUUCCGGACUCGGUGCACUCCUCGGCGAAUUCAUCCCACAAUACGCAGCUGAAGGACACGGCAGCUAUGAAGACAUCUCACACCUCAUGACAUACCCAUCGCUCUUCAUGGGGCUGGGUAAUCUCAUUGGCAUGCCUCUGGCCCUUGCUGUUGGCCGUCGACCUGUCUUCCUUGGCUCCUGCGCCCUGGCUGUUUUGGGAUCCAUCCUCUGUGGCACGGCCAAGACCUACAACUCCCAUCUCGCUGCUCGCAUGAUCCUCGGUCUAGCGGCUGGACAGAGUGAAGCUCUUUGCCCGUUGAUGGUUCAAGAAGUUCACUUCCUCCAUGAGCGAGCCCGAUGCCUGAUGUGGUUCACCCUCUGGCAGUCUACCCUGAGCGGAGUCUACACUCUCCUCACAUCUUAUAUCGCCGCCGGUAUUGGCUCAUCCGGGUGGUACUUUCUCGGAGCCGGUAUCGCUGCUCUGACCUUUCUCUUUGCUAUCUUCAUGGUGCCUGAGACGAAGUACGACAGACCCCUGGCUGCCUAUCAGGGCCAGGAAGCCUCGGUUUCUCGCUUCGUCACUGCUCAUGCCCCAGGCGUCGAUGACACCACUGGUGUCUACACCGAGAUGCUCACCCGCAAAACCACCACCGAGCCUCGCGAACUCGACUUUGUCAACUUCAAGCCUCGCACUUUGGCCUCCGACAUCCGCCUUCUCAACCAGAAGCCCGACUGGAAGGAGGGCUGGCAAUGCUGCACCGGCAUGGCCAUUGUCACCUUCUUCCCUGAUAUGAUGUGGGCCCUACUUUUGAACGGCCUUACAAUCGGCGUCAACAUCGCACUUGGCACCACGUAUGGAGCUAUCUUGCAGGCAGCCCCCUACAGCUGGAGCUCUUCCGUCGUCAGCUUCGCUUUGACCGGCCAGAUCGUCGUCGCCUUUCUGGCUCUGCCCCUUCUGGGCCGCGGCUCAGAUUGGAUCAUUCAAUACUUCGCUCGUCGCAAUGGCGGCAUCCACAAGCCCGAGUACCGACUCAUUCCUCUCAUCAUCCCUGUCAUCGUGGGCACGCUCGCCUCCAUCCUCUACGGCCAGGCGGCGGCGCACCCGGAGAGGUUCCAUUGGUUUGCCAUCGUCUUCUCCAUCAACGCUUACUACUUUGGCUUCGUGGGAGCGAACCAGGUUGGAAUCACCUACGCCCUCGACGCCUACCCAACCCGCUCCGGCCCUGUGCUUGUCAUUAUCUGCGCCAUGCGAGGCGUCAUUUCCUUCGGCACUAGUUACGGAGUCACGCCGUUUGUCAACUCCAUUGGAUACGAUGGAGCUUUCGGAGUUUACGGUGGACUGACUGCUGCUCUUGGGGCUGUUGGAAUCUUUGUCUUUAUUUGGGGUACUCAAAUCAGAGCCAUGGUUGCUAAGUGGGCUGUUGCGGAGACUAGUGCCACUCCGUCCAUUGAUCUUUCUCAUAUCAGUAAACAUCAGCUAGAGCUCAGAAGCGCAUUUUCUUAA